AUGCGCUUGGCCGCUAGCAUUGCGGUGGCCCUGCCAGUCAUUGGCGCUGCCAGUGCUCAAGGCUUCCCUCCACCCGUUACGGGCGUCACUGUGGUCAAAUCCAAGUACGACGAAAACGUAAAGAUCACAUACAAGGAGAAUGACAUAUGUGAAACCACAGAAGGAGUUAGAUCAUUCACCGGUCAUGUCCACCUCCCUCCAGACAACGAUUACUUUGGUGUCUACCAGAACUACUCCAUCAAUACAUUCUUCUGGUUCUUUGAAGCUCGUGAAGACCCCAAGAAUGCUCCUCUCUCCAUCUGGCUGAACGGUGGUCCGGGAUCAUCAUCCAUGAUAGGACUCUUCCAGGAAAACGGCCCAUGCUGGAUCAAUGAUGACUCUAAAUCUACCACCAACAACUCAUUCUCGUGGAACAAUAGAGUAAACAUGCUCUACAUUGAUCAACCAAACCAAGUCGGUUUCAGUUAUGACGAGCUUACCAACAUCACCUACUCUACCAUCAAUGAUACGAUAUCUGUUGCUGACUUUUCUAGCGGUGUCCCCGCGCAAAAUCUCUCUACGUUGGUUGGAACUGGUAGCAGCCAGAAACCUUGGGCAACUGCCAACAACACUGUGAACGCUGCUCGUUCUAUCUGGCACUUUGCACAAGUGUGGUUCCAGGAAUUCCCUGAACACAAGCCUAACAAUAACAAGAUCAGCAUCUGGACCGAGUCCUAUGGAGGAAGAUAUGGUCCCUCAUUCGCCUCUUACUUCCAGGAGCAGAAUGAAAAGAUCAAGAACCAUACCAUUACCAAGGAAGGCGAGAUGCAUAUCCUAAACCUCGACACCCUCGGUGUCAUCAACGGCUGCAUCGAUCUCAUGUUCCAAGCAGAAAGUUAUGCUGAAUUCCCAUACAACAACACCUAUGGUAUCACGGCUUAUACCAAAGAGAAGCGCGAUGCUAUAAUACGCGACAUCCACCGUCCCGACGGCUGCUUCGACAAGCUUGCCAAGUGCCGUGAGGCUGCCAAAGAAGGAGACCCUCACUUCUACAGCAACAAUGCGACCGUCAACGCAAUCUGUGCGGAAGCUAACUCUGACUGCGACAAAUAUCUAAUGGAACCUUUCCAAGAGGCCAACCUUGGUUACUAUGAUAUUGCCCAUCCUCUUCAGGAUCCCUUCCCCCCACCAUUCUUUAAGGGCUUCCUCAGCCAAUCUAGUGUCCUGUCCGACAUGGGAUCGCCAGUCAACUUCAGUCACUACUCCCAAGCUGUGGGGAAAUCAUUCCACGGCGUGGGUGAUUACGCUCGCCCUGAUGUGCGCGGCUUCACCGGUGACAUUGCUUAUCUUCUCGAGAGCGGAGUCAAGGUUGCUCUCGUCUAUGGUGACAGAGAUUACAUCUGCAAUUGGCUCGGUGGUGAGCAGGUCAGUCUCGGCUUGAACUACACUGGCACUGAAGCCUUCCGCAAGGCAGGAUAUGCCGAUGUCAAGGUCAACUCUUCAUACGUCGGAGGCUUAGUGCGUCAACAUGGAAACUUCUCCUUCACCAGAGUUUUCGAGGCCGGCCAUGAAGUUCCUGGCUACCAACCGGAGACUUCCCUCAAGAUCUUUGAGCGUAUCAUGUUCAACAAGGAUAUUGCUACCGGAGAGCUCGACAUCGCUCAGAAACAAGACUACGGUACCACUGGAACUGAGUCUACGUUCCAAGUCAAAAACGAAAUCCCUCCUUCACCAGAGCCGACUUGCUACCUCCUCAGUGCUGACGGAACUUGUACGCCGGAGCAGCUUAAUGCCAUUGAGAAUGGAACUGCAGUUGUUGAGAACUACAUUAUCAAGAGCCCUGCUGCAUCGAAGGGAAACCCUCCACCAACCACGACCUCGUCUCCCACAGCAUCCCCUACCGCUGGAAGUGCCAUGCUAAAGGCUCCUGUUGCAAUGCUGGCAAUAUCAGCUCUCACUGUCCUUGCUUUCUACUUGUAG